AUGAACCACAAAGACGUUGGAAUCAAUAUUAGGACGUUGCUGAAGGGGGCAGGGCCACCAGUAACUGAAGAUUGUAGCAUCUACAGAGUGCCCUUUGAUAUCCGCAAAGUCAACGAAGAUGCAUACACCCCAAAGGUUGUUUCUAUAGGCCCUCUUCACCACAACGGCAAUCCUCGCCUUCAAAACAUGGAAAGACACAAAUUCAUCUAUUGUGACGCAUUCAUUGAACGAACCCAAACAAGUUUGGACACCUGGAUCCGCUACAUAGAAGAGAAGGAGACUGAUUUUCGGCGCCGUUAUUCAGAGAACCUUAAGUUCAGCAAGGAGGAACUGGUGAAAAUAAUCUUGGUGGAUUCUGGUUUUAUAUUUGAGCUUUUCUGGAAACAAUAUCAUAAUAAUGUGGAACUGUCAGGGAAUGAUACCUUUCUUUCAAAUCCCUUCAUAGCCGAUACUAUAUCAGUAGAUUUGCUGCUAUUUGAAAACCAGCUUCCGUUUCAUGUUCUUACCGAUCUUUACAAUCUCUCCUUCAGUACUGGAUCUAUUGUCGGUAACGAUCACAUCCCUUCAUUUAUUGAACUUACAUUUCACUAUUUUGACUAUUACAAUAAACCUCAAUUGAAUUUUGGUAACAAUAUUAGAAUAAGUCACUUCACGGAUCUAAUUAGAACUUUCCACUUGCAACAUCCUCUGGAAAGACGACCUCCUAGGGAUGGUGAAUUAGUGGCAUAUGUUCCUAGUGCUUCUGAGUUGUCAGAAGCAGGGGUGAACUUUAAGGUUCUUAGAAGUGACUGUUUGCUGGACUUGAGAUUUUCAGAAGGGGUUCUUCAAAUGCCACAGUUGAAAGUGGAAGAUCGCACUGAAAUUUUGUUUCGGAAUAUGGUAGCUUUGGAGCAGUGUCACUAUCCUUUCGAAUCCUACAUUACAGACUAUGUUUCUGUUUUAGACUUCCUUGUAAACACAAGCAGAGAUGUGGAUACACUGGUCCAACAGAAAGUACUGGUGAACUGGCUAGGAGAUACUGAUUCUGUGGCUAACCUGUUAAAUAGUCUUGGCAAAAAUGUUACACAGUCAAACAUCAAUUCCGAUUACUCUCGUCUCGGCGAAGAGUUGAAUCAUUUUUAUGGUAAUCUUUAUAACAAGUUGAAAUCCACACUGAGACGUGAUUAUUGUAACAGUCCUUGGCAAACUGCUGCUACCAUUGCUGCAAUUGUUCUCCUUAUUCUCUCUUUCAUUCAGACAGUUUGUUCUGUCUUGCAAGUACUACCGCAACAAUAG